AUGAGUCGCAAUUUUUUCCCUGUCGUAAUGGCAAUUGGUGUUGGUGUUUUCACUGGCUAUUACACCUUCCAGCCAACCCUCCAGCAGAUGUCCGUGGAAAAGACACAGAAAUCUAUGGAAACACCUAUUGCAAGCUCUGCUUCAAGCAGGCAAAGUGCGCUCUCAGAUAUCGCUACCAGCAGUCCUCGGGACGCUGGCAAAUCGGGGAAAUGA